AUGACCGAUGUUGCCGGACUCGUCCUUGGUGUCGCCGCGCUCUGGAAAACCUGCGUCCAGGUCUACGAGGUCGUCGACUCGGCAAGACAGUAUGGCAUGGAAUACGAGCUGCUCAACGUCAAGUUCGAAGUUGAGCGUGUGCGCCUGCUGUGUUGGGGCGAUGCCGUCGGCCUCGGCGGUGCGCCUGCGGACCCGCGGUUGUACCGUGAAGACGUGCGCGGCGCCGUGUUUCGUCUGCUCGGUUGCGUCCAGCAUGUGUUUGAGAACACCGACCGCCUGCAGAACCACUACGGUCUGCAACCGCUCGACCCCGCUCUGGCUGCGGGCGAAGGACAAGUUGUUCCAUCGCAGAGCCAACGCAUCCUGGGUGGGGUGUUCAAGCGCGCGUACGACAGCCUGCGCCGGAUGGCGCGCGAGCGGCAGCGAGACACCACGCUGGCACGCAAGGCCAUCUGGGCGGUGCGCGACUGCAAGAGAUUCGAGGUUUUUGUCACCGAGCUGCGCGGGUUUAAUGAUAGCUUAGAGAGUCUGUUCCCCGAUGCGCAGAUGAAGAUUGCUGAGGCCAUGAGAGGCGACAUUGAUGCCGCCGUGGAAGUGCAUGAGUUGCAGCUGUUGCAAGAGGCCAUGGCUGGAGACCAUGAGGAGCUUUCGGAACAGGCCAGCGUGCGGCUUGAAGCGCUCGGUGCAACCGUAUCCGCCAGGACCGAGUUGCUUUCCGGAACUGGCGAUGAUAGGGAUAGCCAGACGACCGCCAAGGAUGUUGCCGCACAGGAGCCGGAAGAAGCCGACGAAGAAAUACCGCUAGGCGGUCGACAGGGUGGAACACAAGUCCCAGCUACGGAAGCCGCGCCGGAGAUGGACGAGCUGUCUAAAAGACUGAGGGAGGUCGAGUUGUAUGUGCAAAAAAGGAGCGCCGGGGCCUUAACCGUUAGCCUCAUAGGGCCCUACUCUGGGGCGCACGUGUCCGGCCAUGUGUAUUGGGACGGUCACAAGCAAGAGAGAGACUUUCCCUACUGGGAUGAUAGAGACAAAGGCUUUGUAUCUACAAAUCACGCGUCAUUCGAGAUGUAUAAGAAGAAGAAAUAUAUGAAGAAGUGGUCACGAGAUAAGUAUGAGUCGCUCGACUCUGAAGAUUACUCAUUGCUUGACCCUGAGAGCCACGCCAAGUAUGAGAACGUCAACCCUGGAACUGUCACCGUGGAAGGCUACGGACUGGAGUGCUGGGAUUUUGAGGAGACUAAACCUAGGGAGAACUCAAUCAUGGUCAGCUAUGCCGACCUUCCGGUCUUGCCCGCUAGGAAGCUACUGCGCAGACUUAACGAGCUACAAAAGCAUAAAGGCAAGUUUGGAUGGAGCCCAACUAAGGAGGAGCUCGACCUAAAGGAGUUUGUUGGAACUAUGGGGUACGUUGACAUCCAACAUGUGAGCACGUUUCCACGCUGGGCUCAAGCUGACUACAUUUUCAACAGCAUCGUAUACUACGACCAGAAGGCUGCGCAGGAUCCAGACCGCUGGAUCGGCGACCUGUAUAGCCUACUUAACCGCACAGAUAUCUUCGCCGACUUUACAACUACAUCAAGCGUCGGGAUGCAGUGGGCAGGCCCGACUGACGAUAUGCAUAUUGGGGUUUGGAACUUUUUGCGGCAGGUCAUUAUAGGAUGGGAGCUGGCAGUCCGGUUGAAAUACCGGCAAGGAUCAAGCUCGUACACGGGGUUCACGAGUCGGAUCUUAGCAACACUUAUUAUCUCGGAAUUGUGGUUGAAGAAUGUUGAGAUCAUCCUCACAGACGCGAAGCCAUCACUCGACGGGAUCAAGAAGGCGGAGACAGCGGCGGAAAAAGCCAAGGCGGAAGACUUCAAGAACAAGGGCAACGAUGCGUUGAAGAAGAAUGACUAUCAAAAGGCUGUUGACCUUUACACUGAGGCCAUUAAAAUAGACACCGGAAAUGCCAUUUACCGGUGCAACAGAUCUGCCGCCCUGGUCGGCUUGGAGAAAUACGAAGAGGCGGAACAUGAUGCUUAUGUAGCGACCCUGAUCGAUCCCAAAUAUGCCAAGGCAUGGUCUCGACUGGGCAUGGCUGCUCUCAAAUUGGGGUUUCCCAAGCGAGCCAAGAAAGCUUACGAACAAGCGCUGGAAGUUGCAGGCAAGGACGCGACGACACAAAUGCGACAGGGUCUGACCAACGCCGAGGACAAGAUCUCGGAGACCGUUAGAGCCAUCAACUCGGAGAAGAACAAGGAGAAGCAGCAUAAUAUGCGGGCCGACUUUCUUGACGAAGACUGGGAGAUAUUCGGCAAGACCACCGAAUUCCAUUCACUUAUUCACGAGCAGCAGGUCGAGGGCCUUCUCUUGUUUGCGGAACGCAUGAAGUGGCCUUACAUAAACGAGCUCCGCGACUAUGCCGAGGACGUCUACAGCAACCUCCGGGGCGGGGCAACCAUCGACGUUAACCUGCAUGACUGGCUCUACGGCCUGAUCCUUCCUGGAAAGUGGUUUUCCUUCAAGAUAAUGACAGCGAUGAUUCUUUGUACGCCGACUAUCAAGUCCAAGGCCGGGGUAAGCCGGUACUACGACUGCGGACUAUCACUACCUACACGAUCAUACUGGCGUCUGAGAACGGUGCUGGGACGUGUUCUAGGUUGUCUCCCCGGCGUGAUAUCGCUGUGUGGUUGGAUCGGGCCGUGCCCGCGCGUCGAGUUUGACCCUCCUGCAUCGACAGCCUGUCCGCGACAUGUCCGCAUCAAAGCUCGACGCAUUGCCCUGACCGAACACAGCUCAAAUUCCGAUGAGGGUGUCAUAGACCUUAACAGCGGAUACGAUCGUCACUCGGCGACGCGGAUCGGCCCUGGCGAAGAAAUCCAACAGUACCUAGCUGAGAUGCGCGAUCCAAGCAAUUGGGUUGUACCAGAGCCGCCCGUCCGCGAUAUUAGCACCUGCGAGAUCAAAUCCAUCCAGCUUAAAAAGCUCGCGCUUGACAUUGGCGUGGCCCAAAAGGCCGCGAAAGGGGAGUUAGACGACCUCGACGUGGAACUCGAGACACAGUACCGUGCGAGCAUCACGUUCAAGAUCGACAACAACCAGAGCCCCAUCACGUACAAGCUCUUCACUAACCCCGUUUUCGUGACACUUCCGCCGUGCCGGCUAGGCCCGAAGGGUCCGCACGAAGUGCAUAUGAGGGAACUGCCGCGGUUCCAGAAGAAUAUCUGGUCGAUCGAGCAGCUGAAGGACCACACCCCCGAGGACUCGGACGGUGACGAGGUCAUGGUCAUCAAUGCCACCGGCAGAGGCGCCGAGGUUCUAGCUAGGGCGUGGUGCUCCGAGAGGGGUAAGAGCGCGGCGAUCCGUCGUGCAGGUGGGCCGUGCUUUGUUUGUGCUGUGCGGGCUGCAAGCAAGGGAAGCCUUGGCACGGGCGUCUUGAUUUGGACGGAGUAA